UUCUGCUGUCAACAUAAAUAGUGUUUAAUGUCUUCUCCGGAUUUGAGCACGCUUUUUGGGUGCUUAAAAAUGGUUUCAUGUUUAUAACUCUUUUGGGAAUUGGCACUGAUACUUCUACUUGCAAGGAGAACUCAUCGGGUGCGGUUAAGAGCUUUCACAAAUAUCGCUUUUCGGCGAACAGCCAUGUCAGGAACAUCGCCUCCCUCUGCCCGGGAUGCCCAAUGGCGAGCAACGCACCCCGAAUUCGCUGACCAGUUGAAGCAUAUUUUUGCCACUGGUGACAUGAGCGACGUGCAGUUCACCGUCGGACGCCAGUAUGGUGACGUGAAGACCUUCUCCGCGCACAAGUUUGUGUUGAGUCUUGCCAGCGAUGUCUUCAACACCAUGUUCAACGGAUGUUUGCAUGAAAAUGGCGACGGACCCAUCGAUAUUCCAGAGAUUCUUCCCGAAGCCUUCGCUAACAUGCUCAAAUACCUGUAUACUCGGUCUGUGGAUGGUGAUUUAAACCCGGAGAAUGUCUUGGAGACGAUUUACUGUGCGGACAAGUACAAUCUACCGCAGCUGUUGGAACUCUGCAUGCAGUUCGUCAACACUCACCUCAAUGCAGAUAAUUGCCUGAUCUUCUUGGAAAAGGUCAAAUAUCCGACGCACGAUUGCCUGGCUGGUCUGCUGACGAAGUGCCUGGCCGUGGUGGACGCCAACUGCAGCGUGGUACUGCAGUCGAAGCAUUUCACCGCGAUCGGACAGGAUACCCUGGAAUUGAUUUUACAAAGUGAUGUACUGUGUGCUGAGGAGAAUGUCAUUUAUACUGCCGCGGAGAAACAGAUCGACAGAUUUAUGUGGGAAUUUAAAAGCAGAUGGGCUAUGGACGCCUGUGCUCGUGAUAAUCUGGAGCCAUCCCAGACCAAUCGUCGUCAUGUUUUGGGAAAGGCGUUGUUCCUUGUCCGCUUCCCGCUGCUCACCGAUGCGCAGCUGGCUAACGGCCCCGUUAAAAGCCGCUUGCUGCUCGACACCGAGCUGCUGGACAUUUACCAGUUCAAGCAUUCCGACACCAAACCACAGCUCCCCUUCCCGACGAAACCCCGACUGGGUUCGCUGCUGCGAAUCGGUUAUAGCGAAUUCACCUACAACGCGAAAGUUUUCGCUGACGUCAAUCCGCACAGCGAUUACUGGUGGCCGGCAGAGGUGGUCGGGAUCAGUGGCGUGGAUUUCCUGAUUACACGCAAUGAAUGGGAAGCGGCGCAGCAGUGUGCCCCGCACAAGAUUGUUCUGGCCUCCGACAUCCUGAAAGAAGAUCAACCCGUCAUAGCUCGCUACGGGUCGGAUUAUUGGAAAGGCGUAUACGUGCGUCGUAGCCGGAAAACGGGUCACGUCGUCAACCUGGGGGCUAUUCACCUGGAGUGGUCAUGCCCGUUUAAUGACCUUAGGAUUAACCGACCACAGAUGGCCACUUGGAAAGCAGCGCUUGCGCAACAGAUGGCCCCGCUCAACCGCUGAAGUGCGAGCACCAUGGUAUACUAAUUGUGUCGUUGUUGUACGCUGAAUGCUGGCAUUACUAAGUCACAAUGAAUUUUAAUUCAUGCCAAAUUGCUUCUGUCGCUCUUUUAAGCGUUGAC